GCUGUGGCGAGGGAUAAUGUCGCACUGUCCCUGAUUUUUUAAAUAUUUAUAAUAUUAUUAAGUAGAUCGACCUGAUUGUUUGCAAAGUGAAGUUAUAAGAUUCCUUAGUGUUGUGUGUAUUUUAACAUUUAAAUGACUUUUGGUGUUCGCUUAUUUUGAAAAGUAAAAUCGCCCUGGGUAAUACCAUUGAAAUAACCAAGUUACUAGUGAACGUCGAACGAGUACCAGAAAAGUGUCAGCCACAGAACGGAGACUGGAUGAGGUGCUUGCCACAUGGAAUGUAGCUUGGUAUCAACAUGAAUGGGGGAGUGAAUGGAAUGAUGGAGGAGUCAAAGGAAGUCUCUAACAAUGACUCUCAAGAAGACUCAAAAGAGGUCAAAAUAGAUACCUCUGAAGAGGCUGAUCCAGAUAAUAGCCAAUGUGAAACGGUUGAUUCAGAUAGAACUUAUCAUGUAGACAGUGGUAAUGAGCCUGCAGAUAAUUCAAUCGCUGGUAUAACUGAAAAUACUAACAGUCUCUGCAGCGUUGAAAAUGAACUUGAUGAAUAUUCUACAGAAACUGCAUCGUUACCUACACUACAGGAAAAUAGCAGUACGAAAUCCUUAACAAACCACUGUAGCAACAGCAAUGAAUCAUUUGUAGACACUUUAGACAGUCAGUCCAAAUCAGAAAUCAUGCCUGAACAAGAGAAUUGCUUAACAACUCAACAAAAUUUUAGUAAUGAUUUUAAAAAUGACUGCUCUAGGGUUUUUGAUGAAAACAGUAGUAAAAUGGUUUCCAAUAAUGGGGUAUCUGAUGAAGCGGAUUCAGAAGCUGAUUCCGAUGAAGAAGAAUUUUCUGAGGCUUCAGGCGAGCAAAGGGCAGAGGAAACAGUAAGCAUUAAUUCAGAAUCCGAGGUGGACGCCCAAGAUGAAUCCUCGCAAGAAAGUCAAAAUAAAAACAAAAAUUUAAUGUUAUUAGAACAUGACAGAACUGGUAGUCAAAAUGGAAACGCAGAUGAUUGUUCCAGCCCUGAGGUACAUGAAAUUGUCAGUGAUAAUGAAGAUUGUGUCGUAGAAGAAAAACAAAAACCUACGGAAACUCAAGUACAGUUACGUCGAAGUAGUAGAGCUAUCAAAAGAAAGAGGUACGACGAUGAUAUUGAAAACGGAGAUUAUGAAUCAGAUAUUGAAGAAAUUGCUAUGGGGGACGCUUUAAGACGUAGAUCUAAAGCAAUUGUCAUCAAUGAUACAAAAACUUUAGUCGAAAUGGCAGCAAAACAAAUAAAAUCGGGAAUUCAAAAAAAAGAACCAACUGUAGUUAUUAUAGAUACUAAUUCUAUGUCUUCUGUUAAAGGGAAUACAAUUAGGAAAAAUUACAUUCCGCCAAGUAAUUCGGCAUUAAGCGCACAGAAUUUAUAUCAGAGUAUAGUUGCUCGAGGUACUACUGUGACUCCAAUAAGUAAUAAAAAUAGCAUGGCUUCUCAAAGUUCCUGCAACACUCAAACCUCAAUAUUGCCUUCUCUCACUGAUGAUAUGUAUGUUGUUGAGGCACCUUCUUUCAUUGUACCUUAUGUAUAUGAAAAACCUUCUGUUAAGCCGUUUAGAAAAUUUGUAGAUAAUUUAGGUAAUGAAUUAAAAGAGCAAAGAGCCAAAGAAGAGGAGGAAGAGAGGGAGAGAGAAAAAGAAGAACAAGAAAAAAAUGAACAAGAAAAAAGUGAACAAGAAAAAAAUGAAAACAAGGAAAAAGAAGACGAAGAAGAAGCAUCAGAUGCAGAAACCGAAAUUUCCACCAAAACAAAAGAAGAUUUAGAAGAAGAAAAUAAACAAAAAAAGAGAGAAGAAAAAAGGGAACGUCGAAGACGUAGAAACGAUGACGACGAUGCCUCUUGGGAUGGUCAAUCUUCGACAGAUUCUGACGACGAAAUAGGUAGUGAUGAAGAAGAUAAGACUGUUGUCAUAAAGGACAAAGCAGAUGUCAUCGAUGACAUUAAGGGUGUGACUGACUUAACUGUUGAUAAAGUAGUUACCGGAAAGUCUGAUAAUUACUUUGACCUUUCCCUCGGUAAGUUUUUUAUGAAUAUUGGCCUAAACCUUGUUCAAGAAUAUGUACAAAAUGAUCUACUGAAGCAACAAAACAGGAAACUUUAUAGAGAAAAAAAAGGAGGUCAUAGUACAAAAAUUACAGAAUCUUCUAUUGCAUCACUUAAGAAGAACUUAGAGUUCAGUAAAGAAAAUAAUGCUCCAUAUGUCUUUAAGCAACAUAAAUGUGAAUUUUGUAGUUUUAAAACUGAGUCUUCACUGGUGAUGGCACAUCAUCUUGAGACUCCACACAUGAAGAAUAGUGUUUAUAAAUGUAACUUUUGUGUCUACGAAAGUCGAAGCCCACACGAUAUACUGUAUCAUAUGGAAGCCGAACAUAGUACUCGUGGAAAAUUAGAAAGGGCACCGGCGUACCACCAGUGUGCGAACUGUCCCUUUGAAGACAAUGGGAAAGGCAAACUGGCGCGCCAUCUUAUUCCAUGCGCUAAGAAAUUCAAGCCCGAACUGAAUCUCGCGCCACCUAUUGAAUGGGAACCGCCAGCAAAAAUACCAAAGAUUGCUCGGGCUCGUAAUGCUAUGAUGGGUUCAUACCACAAUACUUUCCAUCGGGGUCAAGUAGGAAAUAAUAUAGGAAGACCUCCAAUGAGCGGCGUCAUGGCGAGUACCAGCUUUCGUCCGCGAGGCCGAUCCCCUAUGGGUAUUGCACCUAGAUCUACACCUGUUCAAGGCAUACCAAUUCUUCGGAGUGGGGUAAUGGUGAGGCACAACACACCCUCCCCUGUUUUGGUGUCACCAAAUUAUCCUUCGGGAGGUAAUAAUGGAAAAAACGCAUCUAUACCUAAAUCUUUGCACCAGCCAUCCAUUUCGAUAACACCAUUACCAAGGCAACCAGUUCCAACGCAACCUCAGCCUCCUCAGCAGAACAAGAGUUCAUGUGUUAUUUGUGAGAUUUGUGAUGGUUAUAUUAAGGAUCUGGAGCAACUAAGAAAUCAUAUGCAAUGGAUACAUAAAGUUAAAAUUCAUCCAAAAAUGAUAUACAACAGGCCUCCACUUAACUGCCAAAAGUGCCAGUUCAGGUUCUUUACAGACCAAGGAUUAGAAAGGCAUUUACUAGGCUCACAUGGCUUGGUUACUAGUUCUAUGCAAGAAGCAGCGAACAAGGGUAAAGAUGCUGGUCGAUGUCCGGUGUGUGGCAGGGUAUAUCAGUGGAAACUUCUUAAUCAUGUCGCACGGGACCACAAUCUUACAUUAAAACCAGCCCAUCUCUCAUAUAAGUGCACAGUAUGUACAGCAACAUUUGGCAUGUACAAGCAGUUUGAAAAUCACGUGUAUUCCGCACACAGUGUUGUCGCCAAGCGUGUAAUGGACAAAGGCAAGACGGCAGCACCAGUCAAAGCUGGUCAGUCGUUACUAAAACCGCUCAAAAUUAACGACGAAAUCACGAUUAUACCUCAACCAGUGAAAUCAACUACGCCACCGAUAAAAGAAAAAUAGAUGUAUGCAGUGCCGUUAGUGGCACAAAGCCGUGAGCUUGCCGAUGUCUUCGCCGAUUCUUAAGAAUGGUUCGGGUCUUCAGGCCUUGUCAUUACUAGUGUACAUUCCAAUGUUUCCUAGUGUACACCCACCAACAAUGCGCUAUGUCGCUGUGUGCAAGGACUAGUUUAAAUUGAAUUACAUUUCCAUAAACAUAGGUCAAAAAUGUGAAAUAACAACGACCAUUAGACUGACUGUUGUUAUAGAGGUGUCUCAUGUAAAAUACUUUCAGUUUUCGCCAGCGAUAUCAUUAUUUCACACACAUAACAGUUUCAAAAGUUUCAUGAUCAGCUCGUUACGAGUCGUAUUACUAACACCGAUUCUAUACCUUUUUGGAGACUGAUGUUCGAGUGCAAGAACGGCACACUAUCGUAAAAAAAUGCCCCGUAGAUUAAGGCAUAUGUAAAUUACUCAUAAAACUAUGGUAGAUUAUACAAAGCGUUUAAAGCACUAUUAUGUCACUGCCACGGCUUAAAGCCAGUGAUAUAUUGAGCAAAAUAAAAUUUAUACAAUCAAUGUGUUAAAAUAAUGAGUCAUAACGAGCUCACAGGAGAGUUUAAAUGUAUGAAUAUUUAUAUAUUCUAAAUCUUUUUUCGAUAUUGCAUUAUGAUAACUAAUUAUUCUGCAUGGAUAUUUGAAGUUGAGUUUACACAACCAAUGUGAUAUUUGAAGGUAACGAAAAAAAUCAUUAAAAGACACUUCUGGAUAAAAAUGUACAUAAAAUUGAUGUACAUAGACGAAAGUAAAGCGUAUAUCUAUUCCCAAAGCGGAAUACAAAAAGUAUUAAUUAUUUAAUUAAUUUGAUAAACGAGAUUACAGAAUAUUGUAAUAUCAAGUGAACAAAUGUUUUUGUUAAAAGACUUAAAAUAGAUCGCUAUCAUGGCUAUUUCUAUAUGACAACAACACGCGGAAAUAAAUUUUAAUCUAACGUCGAUUAUACUGUACCUUAGAAGGAAGGUUUACAAUAUUAAAUUAACCAAUGUAUGCCUAGAACUAUUUGGCGCCGAUUUUAAUGAAGAGUAACUUGUAGUAAUCCGGCGGUACGAAAACGACCCCAUGGGCAGAGAAAGUUUAAGGUUGAUUAGCGGGCUAAUUUGAUCAAGGAAUGUGUUACACUUAUAGAUAAUGUAUUUUAGGGCCCAGUUCAUCCGAGGGGUUAUAUUUUUGCCAGAUAUAUAAAGAAAUGGAAACAGAAUAUAAAGAAUUAAACUUCUAGCAAAAACUUUAGUUAAUAUUAGAUAAAUACUCGUAAAAUGUUUAAUAUAAUUUUAAAUUAUGUAACCAUUUUGGAAAACAACUCCCAUUCAAAAUGGGGCUAAUUGCUUACUAUACCGUAUUGUCAAUAUAUAAUGGAAUCCUCAUUCCUUUGCCUUUAACAUAAUGAAUUACUGACGACUACCUAGUUGAAACAUCCAUCCAAAACGCUAUAUUUCCACAUCGCCUUAAGAGACUAGAUAUAUAUAAAUAAUAUAUGUACUUUUGGAAUGUAUAUCAACGUAUAGUCGCAGCCCAGAAACGUACCUCAAGAAUUUGUAACUGUUCUGAGAAUCCCCCUCGAGUAAGAUAACAUAUUCGAAAAGGUAUAUGUAGUUUAAUAUAAAAAAAGAAUAUAUAUAUAUAUAUAUAUAUAUAUAUAUAUAUAUAUAGAUAGUAUUAACAUAUGUGAAUGUUACCGUAAAAACCUGAAAUCCGGCUUAACUAGAACGUACCUUCUCAUCAUUAAAUAUAUUCAAGAGCAUAUUCUUAUUAAAAGAUAACGACUUGCGAUUUCUGUAUUCGGGAUUUCGGUUAUUACAGUAGCAUAGAUAAGUAUAUGUCGGAUCCAAGUACCAAAUUUAAUAUAUAUUAUGAUCCGAUAGUUUUCUAAUUUAUAUAAUGUCAAAUAAUAUUUAAGUAUAGUCCGAUAUGAUAAAAUGCUUCUUGAUACA